GAAGCCAUUAUUAUCUCAGGAACUGAAAUGGCCAAACAAGUCCGGAAAGAAAUACAGAGAGAUGUAGAAUCAUGGAUUUCCCUUGGGAACAGAAGACCUCAUCUCAGCAUCAUCCUAGUGGGAGACAACCCUGCAAGCCACACAUACGUCAGAAAUAAGAUAAGAGCUGCCUCCACUGUAGGUAUCUGCAGUGAGAUCAUUCUUAAAUCUAAAGAUGUUUCUCAGGAAGAACUUUUGGAUAUAAUUGAUCAGUUGAACAUGGACCCAACCGUCAGUGGUAUAUUAGUUCAGUUACCACUGCCAGACCAUGUGGAUGAGCGAACAGUAUGCAAUGGAAUUACUCCUGAAAAAGAUGUAGAUGGAUUUCAUAUUAUCAAUAUUGGAAGACUGUGCCUUGAUCAGCAUUCUCUCAUACCUGCGACUGCCAGUGCUGUUUGGGAAAUAAUAAACAGAACAGGAAUUCAAACAUUUGGGAAAAAUGUGCUUGUGGCUGGAAGAUCCAAGAAUGUAGGGAUGCCCAUUGCGAUGCUUUUACACACUGAUGGAGAACAUGAACGGCCAGGAGGUGAUGCAACUGUGACAAUAGCUCACAGAUACACCCCCAGAGAACAACUGAAGAUCCAUACUCAGCUGGCAGAUAUUAUCAUAGUAGCUGCAGGUAUUCCCAAGUUAAUUACAUCUGAUAUGAUUAAAGAAGGCGCUGCUGUGAUUGAUGUGGGCAUCAACUAUGUCCAAGACCCAAUGACAGGAAAGACAAGAUUAAUGGGAGAUGUGGACUUUGAAGCUGUUAAGAAGAAGGCUAGCUUCAUCACUCCAGUUCCAGGAGGUGUGGGACCCAUGACUGUGGCAAUGCUUCUGAGGAACACCCUGCUGGCAGCUAGAAAAAUCAUUUACUAG